CGGAGGCCCGGACGGCGCCCGCGGAGUGCUGUGAGGCCAUCCGAGCUCUGAGUAGCAAGCGCGAUCUGCGCCCUGCACCGCAGUCCCGCAGCCCCGGAGCCCCCACCCCGCGCCCACCAUGCCGGAGCAGCUCAGCGUCGCCGAGUUCCUGGCCGUCACCGCGGAGGACCUCAGCUCCCCGGCCGGGGCCGCUGCCUUCGCCGCCAAGAUGUCCCGGUGCCGGGGGGCGGCACUGGCGCGCGAGGAGAUCCUGGAAGGAGACCAGGCCAUCCUGCAGAGGAUAAAGAAGGCCGUGCGGGCGAUCCACAGCUCUGGCCUGGGCCACGUGGAGAACGAGGAGCAGUACCGAGAGGCCGUGGAAUCCUUAGGCAAUAGCCACCUGUCCCAAAACAGUCAUGAGCUGUCUACCGGCUUCCUGAACUUGGCCGUGUUCACCCGUGAGGUGGCUGCACUCUUCAAGAACCUGGUUCAGAACUUGAACAACAUUGUCUCCUUUCCACUGGACAGUCUGUUGAAGGGGCAACUGAGGGACGGGCGACAGGAUUCCAAAAAACAGCUGGAGAAGGCGUGGAAGGACUUCGAAGCCAAAAUCUCACCUGGAACCACCUCCCUCUCCAUCUGGGCUCCUGAUCCCUCCUGCCUCCGGCCGUCACAUGCUCUGGUCCUCCUACCCAGCCCUAGAUUCUUCCGAGACAACUUCUCAGACUUCAGAUCCCAGAUCAAACAUCAAUUCCUGAGCAGCUGGAAAAGGACCAGGCUGGAGAAGGAAAGGGACCGGGCCAGGGUGACAGGAGGGAACCCCGGGGAGGUGGCCCAGGACACACACAGAGAGCGGCGUGUCUUCCAACUGCACAUGUGUGAGUAUCUGCUCAAAGCCGGGGAGAGCCAGAUGAAGCAAGGUCCUGACUUCCUGCAGAGCCUCAUCAAGUUCUUCCACGCCCAGCACAACUUUUUCCAAGAUGGCUGGAAGGCUGCUCAGAGCCUGUCCCCCUUCAUCGAGAAGCUGGCAGCCUCCGUACAUGCACUGCAUCAAGCCCAAGAGGAGGAGCUACAGAAGCUGACCCAACUCCGGGACUCCCUCCGAGGGAUGCUGCAGCUUGAGAACAGAGAGGAGAAUAUGAGCCGGAAGAACUCGGGGUGUGGCUACAGCAUCCACCAGCACCAAGGCAACAAGCAAUUUGGGACGGAGAAGGUGGGCUUUCUAUACAAGAAAAGUGACGGAAUUCGAAGAGUCUGGCAGAAAAGGAAGUGUGGAGUCAAGUAUGGCUGCCUGACCAUCUCACACAGCAUGAUAAACCGGCCCCCCGUGAAGCUGACCCUGCUGACGUGCCAAGUGAGGCCACACCCCGAGGAGAAAAAGUGCUUUGACCUGGUGACUCACAACAGGACAUACCACUUCCAGGCGGAGGACGAACAUGAGUGUGAGGCGUGGGUGUCAGUGCUGCAGAACAGCAAGGACGAAGCUCUGAGCAGUGCCUUCCUCGGGGAGCCCAGCGGCAGCCCGGGGCCCUGGGGCGGCGCUGGGCUGGACGGGGAGCUCCAGGACCUCACCAGGCUGCUCAUCGCGGAGGUGAAGAACAGGCCCGGGAACAGCCAGUGCUGCGACUGUGGAGCUGCAGACCCCACGUGGCUCAGCACCAACCUGGGAGUGCUCACCUGCAUCCAGUGCUCUGGCGUCCACCGCGAGCUGGGUGUGCGAUUCUCGCGCAUGCAGUCCCUCACCUUGGACCUGCUGUGUCCCUCCGAAUUGUUGCUGGCCUUGAACAUCGGAAACACGCGCUUCAAUGAGGUCAUGGAGGCCCAGCUGCCCUCACAUGGCAGCCCUAAACCUUCAGCUGACAGUGACAUGGGUGCCCGGAGGGACUAUAUCGUGGCCAAGUAUGUGGAACACAGGUUUGCCCGGCGGUCCACACCCGAGCCUCAGAGACUCCGGAUGGCCAUUUGUAACCAGGACCUCCUGUCUGUCCUGGAGGCCUUCGCUAACGGGCAGGACUUUGGACAGCGGCUGCCGGGGCCCGAGGGGCAGGCCCCCGGAGAGCUGGCCCUGCACUUGGCCGUGAGAGUCGCCACCCAGGCCUCCCUGCCCCUGGUGGAUUUCAUCAUUCAGAAUGGCGGUCACCUGGACGCCACAGCUGCUGAUGGGAACAGUGCUCUGCACUACGCCGCUCUCUACGACCAACCCGACUGCCUCAAGCUGCUGCUGAAAGGAAGAGCUUCCUCGGGCACAGUGAACGAUGAUGGAGAGACAGCUCUGGACAUAGCCAGGAGGAAGCUGCACAAGGAGUGUGUGGAGCUGCUGGAACAGGCCCAGGCUGGGACCCUUGUCUUCCCUCUGCAUGUGGACUACUCCUGGGGAAUUUCCACGGAGCCUGCCUCUGACAGUGAGGAGGAAGAGGAAGAGAAGGGCUGCGCUCUGAAGGCCCCGGCCCCUGUCCACUGCGCCAGUGGGAGGGUGGACAUCAGCAACAAGACCUACGAGGCCAUCACCAGCUUGGGAUCGGCUGCCCCUCAGAGCCAGAGUGAGGAUUGCCCCCCACCCUUACCGGUCAAAAACCCUUCUCGGGCCAUGGUCCAAGGCCGCGCGGGACAUACCAGUGGAGAUCAUCCUGAAAUCCCCAGCCUGAGCUCAGAGCCUCCGGGGGCCCCCGAGAGCCAGGGCAGUCGGACAUCCUCCUCCUCUAGCCUCGCGAGCCCUGUGGAACUUGGGGGUGGCAACCAAACCCCACCCAGCUCUGAAGAGGGCCUCUUGGAAGCCCCAAGCACCUCCCAACCCAGCCUGACCCCCGGAACCACCCCUGCGGAGAUGUGCGCCCCAGUCAGGUUCAGCUCCGAGAGCACUCGCUCCUACCGGCGGGGGGGCGCCAGAACCUGGAAGACUGCCCCCCAGCCAGGCAGCCCCUACCCAGAAGGAGCCUGCCAGUAGGUUGGCUUCACUGAAGGAGAAGGCUUAAGAACUGGAGUUCUCCUAGGAAGGUCUGUGCAGCUUUUGCAAGACUAGCUCCUCGCUGGCCCUUGCAUGCGUGAACCACCAACUUGCUGGACCCCGACGAUCAGAGCUAGGACUUGAGCCCACAAGCUGGGGAGCCGAGGUGUUCAUUUCUUUGGGUCUUGCUCUCUCUGUGCCCCUGUGGCUGGCCCCCCCCCCCCCCCCGCCAUGGGCCCCUGCCCCUGCCAAGGACACUACGUUAGGGUUGAUGGUGGUUCUUUCCUCUCCAUCCCAUUAACUGCGCCCCCUCACUGGUACAGGAGGCCCUUUGGCUGGAUCCGAGUGCCCCUGAGCUAGCUUCCAUGCAGACCCUCAGCCCCCACAGGACCAAGGUUCUGUUUCCUCCUUCAGUCUGGGGACUUCCCAAGAAUAGAGGCAGCCUGCCUUCAUCAUCCUCCAGACCAGUGAUUCUGCCAGACAAGGGCCAUCUCCUUGUCUAUUCAUUAGUGUUUUUUUCUUAAGUUCUGGCUCUGUGUCCGGACCUGCACCAGGCACCGCAGAUGCCACAUGGAUAAGACAAGGGCCCUGCAGCUGCGGUCCCUCGCUGGGAAGCUGGUCUCAGGGGCUGAGCUGGGGAAUGGGCAAGGCAGGUGGUUUGGGGAUCGGGGCAUGACACUGCCACUGUCUACAGCCCGUGUCCAUUCUGACUGGUCCGUGUCCGUGCCGCCGUUACUGCCUGUUAACUAAAUAUUCUGACUGUCACUCCUUUUGAGGGACGUUACAGCCUUCCUGGGACCCCUACUGUAUUCCCAGCCAAGAAGCAGAGCAGGACUCACCCCCAUUGCCCCGUCUCCUUGAUUAGCAGGACACAUCCUGGGUGAUGGCUUCUCACUGCUCUCCUCUUUCUCUUGGUUGACUCAGGAGGAGCCUUCCGGUCUCAGGAAGGAAAGGGUCACGAGAGGUGAAAGGGCACUGAUAGGAACGGGAGGGCGGAGACUUAACAGAUCUGCUUCCCACUGCCGGGAGUUCCGCCCAGGCCUUCAGCUGCAUAGUAGAAAACAGACCCACGAAGCCCUCAGCAGGGUCUGACUCCCCUGCUUUAUAGUGGCCUAUGGGCCAGGCCACCAGGGGGAGGCCAGAGGGCGCGGUGGUCGGUGCCACAGCUGGGCCCAGAGGCCCAACUGCUCUGUGCUCCCUGGGGACAGAGCUGUCUUCUGAGCUCCCAGUGUACGAACUUGUUCUUUUACUCAUCUCUAAUU